ACAAUACUGUUGACCAAUGGGAAAUGUGCCUGCUCUCUGGAGGACUGCAGCACACGGCUGGUGGUUGAAGUGUUGCUGAACAGGAAGUUGCUGAGUAGAAUUGAGAGAACUUCAACAGACAUGAGGGUCUCUUAUCAGACUCUAGUCUUGCUUUUCUUAGCAGGCUCAUGCUCGCUCGAGAAAGUUCCAGUUCCCACAUUCGUCAGCAGACCGAUCCCAGGAACUCUACAGAACGUCAGCAAGAAUGACACUGGGGUGAAGGAGGCCGUCCUGACUGGAACCUACUCAUUUAAUAAUAAAUCCAACGAUGCUUUCCUGUUCAAAGCAUCAGCUGUUGAUGACGCAAAGAGACAGAUAGUCAAAGGUAUCCGCUAUAUUCUGGAAGUGGAGAUCUCACGGACCGUGUGCAGGAAGAGGGGCAACACUGACGACCUCAACAACUGUCCCUUCCAGACAGACAGUCUGUUACGACAGACAUUCUUCUGUCACUUUGACGUCUGGUCCAUUCCAUGGAUGAAGACAAUGUCAACUACAUAUUUUAAAUGCCGUUCAAAUUAUAUAUUCUGAAAAUGUUUUUUCAGCUGAAAUGUCACGCUAAUUUAAUACCAAACUGAAUGUGAAAAUAAAGUAAGCUGCAGUGCAGUGAUUGGCUAUCAUGUAGUGACCUUCAGUUCAUCAGAUGCUGAGCUUGUGUUGACUCAAUUAUUCAGUGAGCUUCUCUGAUGUGCAGAAGCAGCUUUACGCACCUACAGUAGAUCACAGCUUCAAUCUCUCAGCUCCCUGGCCUCUUUUCCUUUGAGCCGCAGAUCUUAUGAGCAAACUGGCCCUAUAGAGACACCAGCACUGAUCACACACACAUCUAUCGGGUUUGUAUGCACAGACUUAUUGAUUUUUUUGACUACUCAUUUACUAUGUGUUAUUGGAAAUGUGCAUGACAUACUUGUCCUAGAUUCAUAACUCCAUAUGGCCAUUAGGUGUGUACAAGCAUCCGAUGGGACAGAGGUUCUCAACCGGAUUUGUUUCAGAAGCCAGAUUUGGAGUGGACAUGAAGCAGUGAUCAUACAAA